GUUUCUAAAAACCCCUCCCGACAUCCUUCCGACACAUCCGAUGUGACACCCCAAAAAAAAUUCAUCCACAAUCUAAACAGGGCCCUAGCAAUAAAGAAAAGCCUAGCUGUCUUCGACCAGAAAGCAAAAUCAACCAGACACUCGCAUGUGGGAGCAAGCAGGUAGUGCAGUCCACCACACACUCGCAUCCUCUGCUUCCCAGCUGAAGACUCCGCCGCCGCCGCUUCAAGAACUGCAGCAACUGCCGUCGAAGUGCCCGCCGUCGGCCAAGCCAAGUGGUGGAGACGCAGAUCCGAAGGACCUCCGCCACCAGCACCUAGAAGGAGCGCUCGCCAUCGCCGAUUCGCGCCGUCACCAGCGGAUUCGGGGGCACAAGCGAGGCUCCUCCACCAUGGCGUGCUCAAGCCGGCGGGGAAGCACGGCCCCCAUCCUCGUCGGAGGAGGACCGUGCGCCACCGUUUCCGCUGGGCCCGGCAUGGCCGUUCGGGAGGCUGCGCGCCGAGUCGCCGUGGGGAACGCGGAGCCAAGUCCGGCGGAGCCCAGGGCGGCGGUUGGCGGCUUCUCCGGCGUGCACGCGACGACGGGGCGUUCCAGCAGGUUGUGGAGGAGGAGGCGGUGCAGCAAGCUCCGGAUCGGCGAUGAUGCGGCGUGCCGGGGCAGAUCGACGUGCCGCGAUGGAUGGGGCCGGCCCAGUUAGAAGGACCGGCAACGUCCGGCGCAGGAGGUGAUGGGAGCGCGCGACGCGGACAGGGACCGUGGCCAUGUUCGUCGCAGUAAAGCGGCAACCAUGGCGGACACGGCCCCGGUCCGUGCUCGGGGCACUCAUUCGCCGGAGGGGGCGCAGGGGCCACAGCAGCAUCGCCGGCGCGACGACGACGUCCACCACGUCCACCGACCCGCAUCCGGAGCCCCCGACGCCUUCCCCGGCGUUCACCGGCCCGGCGUUCGCCGAGAAGGUAGCGGAAAGUGUCGAGGAGUUCGUCGCGGAUGUAGUGGUGGUCGUGCGGGAUCCGCAUGUCGACGGCGCGGUGGAGAAUCAUGUAGACAAGAUCGACGAAGAGCAUCGCCGGAGGUAUGUAGCGAAACAUCGGCAUGGUACCUUCCGAUGGGAGUUUCUUCGCGAACUCGCCGGCGUUCUCGUCGGCUUCUUCUUCCUUGACUCCCUCUCGAGAGCACAGGGACUCGAGCAAGUGCUGAUAACGUGUUCGCGUUGGAAUGUAAAUGAGAAUGUAAAUGGGCGAAUGAACAGUUGUUUUCAUUGAUCUUGUGAUGUAUAUUUAUACAUCCGUACGGACGCCAUGGGGAAGUGCUCGCAGGCAACCGCCAUGGCGCCGACGGUUCGUUCCGAA